GAACAAUCAAAAUUGAGAAGGUGAGAGUUUUUUUAUGUACAUACAGAAAUCAGUCACAAGACUUUGCUAUCAAAUGGUUUCUUCCACCACCCACAUCAUCCUGGUUGCCGCUUCACAUGUACAAAGUGCUUAUGUCUAGUCCCGAUGCCAAUAUCCAUGGCGCACUCGCAAAAUCUCCGAGCAGGGUUCCUACGUUGUUCCCGCCACUCGACUGCGUUUCUCCGAGUCAGAGCUAUUCCUCUCAUCCCUGUCCCUGGUGUCUAGAACGUAACUGAGACUAGGACUCGACUUAACCUACCCUGGCCGGCGUCAUUAAUUGCUUAAUAAAAGCUAAGACAGCUUGGACUGCCAAGGGUUG